AUGCGCCUCGAAAAGUGUUAUUUCUGUUCGUCUACAAUAUAUCCAGGACACGGGACAGUAUUUGUUAGGAAUGAUUGUAAAGUAAGUCGUCUAUUGACAUUUUAUUUUAAGAUGUGUGGCCAGCCUGACCCAAACUACUACUCCGCGUUGUCAAAUCGUGCCGAUCGAACUCAAUAACCAAAAAAAAUUGUCCAGUCCAACAUAUAAUCGACCGUUCGAAUUCCGAAUUUUCGGUUUCCACAUCAUUGCCAACUUUCUUCAUCGAGGCAUUCGAGGAAAAAGUCAGUGUUUUGUGUUGAUUUUGUGUCGUCGGGCGAAACGACCGCAAUUCAGUGUAAUCGUGCAGUACUUGUUGUGGUACGGGUAAGAUCUCCGCACGUGUGUGGAGCUAGCAAGCAAAUCCUGAAGAGGAAAACGUUCGGUUGACUUCGUCUAAAAACACCCACUAUCCAACGAAUAGAAAUAAUGCUUGAAGCAACUGCAGAAUACAGCACAAAAUCUUGAAGAGGCUCGGUUGCUCGCUAGCCAAGACAAGUGUUUAUAGAACGAGAAAGAUAAGGGCCCCAGUUGUUCAAAAGGUGCAUAACGCUAUCCUCUGGAUAAAUCUCUAUAGUGCUAUCCAACAUUUGAACAACUGGUCGUAAGUGUAAGUCAACAGACAUAAGAAAGACGUAAAGUAUAAGUUUUAAAGAACAAGUAAAGGUAUAAUAAUUAUUUUAGUGGCUCAGUGGCUUGUCAGUCAAGGUUUAAUAGAGUGUGAAAGAAAGGGAAAGGUAUGUAUUUUAGUGGCUUGGAGGCUCAGAGGCUUCUUGUCAGUCAAGGUUAGUGUCUUACAGAAUGAGACAGGUAUACGUAUGCAUGGCUCGGUGGCUUGGUCUGGGGGCUUGGUGGCUCAUCAGCAAAUGGCAAGCCUCCGAGCCACUCAAACUAAUAUAUACCUGGAAAACGGGCCAGGUAUUCUGUAGUUAUGCCUGACAGACUUUAUUCAUACAACCACUGAUAUUAACCAUAGUUUUGAUAAUGACGUAACAGAGAUUAGCCCUCUCAAGGAUUCGUACAGCUCCCUAAUAAAUAAAGGAAGAAACAAUUUAAACUUGUUGAUGCUGUUGAUCUUUAUAUGAAGCUUGUUUACGAUACACUGUAGAUCUUCAGAUUUUGCCGUUCAAAGUGCCACAAGAACUUCAAGAUGAAGCGAAACCCCCGCAAAAUAAAGUGGACAAAAGCCUUCAGGAAAGCGGCUGGCAAAGAACUUGCUAUAGUAAGUAAAAGCGAAAUGUUUGCUUUGCUGCCAUACAUUACACAUGUAUAACUAACACUAGUAAUAACAUCGCGAUGUAAUUGACCAAUCUGAUCAAUAACCAGAGUAUAAUACCAUCAACUGACAUGAUACAACUCACUUUGACUCUGAAGAUGCCUACCACGCAGGUAGUCGAAACGUCAGUCACUGUCAACAACAACAGUCCUAUUCAGGACCACGUUCACCCAGAUGAUCAAACUCAGCCUACUUGUGAAAUGACUCCUGGGCUCAAACCUUUUAGAGUAAUAAUAACGUUGCAAAUUAGGGGGGUGCAUUCGAUGGGGAGGGGGGGUUGGGUGGUGGGUAGUGAGUGGUAGUGGGAAGUGGGUGCAAAACCUGAUGGGCGUGUAAUAUUGAGAAAUCAAAAUAAAACACUUUUAUCAAUACAAAUAUCAGCAGCUGUGUUUAUCAGUGUUAUUGUUUAUCCUCCCACUUUACAAUCCAAUACUUUUUCAUUUUUCCUCAAAAAUGUUGAUAUGGUGUGAAGAGCACAUUGUUAACAUAAUAUCUACAUAUUCAAUUACCUUAGAGUGGAAAUUUUCCUACAUAAAAAAACUUAAUUGAAAACUGCGAGAAAAACUAUAAACAAACCCGUAGUAAACAGAAAAUCACCAACGUUUCAUCUUUGAACGAGUGUCACAAAAUAGAUAUCAGCUCGCGGGUAAGAAAAACUGAACACAUGAGAUCGAGGCAAAAUGUGCCAGGCUGGUGCAAGAUGGCAUCCAAACCGCGAAAUCGCAUGGCAUACAGAACGGUUACUACUUCAUGUACGGUACACAAAUAGCAAGGGUUCUCCUUCGUUGAAUGCAAUAAUUGGUAACAUACUUAUGUAGUUGGUAUGUAGAACUGCUGAUGCAUGAUGUCUAAUCCACAUCUGUAUCGUCUACAACAUCAAGGGCUAACUGCAGAAACCAGUUAAUUUUGUUAGAAGUCAAACAAAUGCCACAGUGAGCAGUUUUAUCUCAAUUACUAAGUACAGCUGUACACCAGAGGAGUAACCAGCUUUUUGACUUGUUGUAGGCCUGACUGGCUUACAUUUCCACAUAUCCUUGUUUAUAAUUAUUUGUUUAUAAUUCUGCUGAUUGCACGCAUAACUAGUACGCACUAGUCACUAACCUCACCAACACUUUGAGCUCUUAGUGUUUAUGCUCACCCCAACAACACAUAAUUUAUUACAAGUGCUAGAGUGAUCAAACCAAAAAUUACUGGUCUAUGGGCUGGCUACGUCCCUGUACACACACGGUAUGAAGGAAGGUGUUGAUUGACCAUUUCUAAUUCUGCUCAAGCCUUAAAGACAGCCAUUCUUAAAGUUUACUUCUUGGGAGAUCUUAACUUUAAGCUGUAGACUUUCCUAAGAAUUUUCAAGUUUUGAUUUGCUAUUGUAUGGAUAUAACCUUUCUUGUUGUCACUGAAUUAUUGUCAAUGUGAUUUCAAAUUAUUCACAUUUAAUAGGCAUUAUAGUAAAUUUUAGAAUGAUUGCAGAAGUCUCCUUUUCAAGGUUUCAGUACCUUUACAAGCAUUCCAUUGUUUUUUUGAACUUACAUACUAGAUACACAGACAGUACAAUGUAUGUGUAUGUGUGUGUAUAUAGCAGGGAACAAGAUUUACUAAACUGUAGUACUGGUGUCCACUAUGUAAUAGCCACUACACUGCAAAUAAUGCCACAGUGUACAGUGUAAAUUCUCAUGGAUGCCGUACAGCACAUUAUGAUUGAAAGUGACCUACAUGUACAACACAUUUAGGGUCAGUUAUUUAAACAAAGUCUAACUUAGAACAUGAAUUAAAAAACCAUUGGACCUUCAGAUCUCUUUGUUAGUGGGUCAAUUUAAGAAAUAAGGGCUUUUUCAGGCUACGCUACUUUAUAGAAAUUGUUCAUGAUAAGUGGUGUUUAGAUAAAAGUGUUGGGCAAACUGAAAUGGCUUAGAACACAGUUUUGUUAAACCCAGCUAAACUCCGUUUCAAUAACUGUCCCUUAGAGCUGUAAUUUUAUUUCCUCUUCUUUUCACAGGACAAUGCAUUUGAAUUUGAAAAGAAAAGACAUGUUCCUGUUAAAUAUAACCGAGAGCUGUGGUCUAACACUGGUGAGUAACACAUGAUAUAAAGAUACAGAUAUCUUUACAGGCCAUCUGAUAGAGUGCGAUUAAAAAAUUAAUCAGAAGUUGUGCGAUAUUUUCGGGGUAGAUUGUGCGAUGAGAUGGGACAAUUAUGCGACAAAUUAUGCGAUUUUUUCAGGGCUGAUUUACAUUGUUUUACCAGGUUUCAAAGGAGAAAAACCACUCUAAUGUUUGAUUGUAAAGGAGUGAUAAAACAUCUAAUUAUCAAAUUUAAAACAAAAUGGUUAAAUUUGUGUGAUAAUUUUUACCCGGAAAAGAAAAAGGACACUUGUUUAAUAUUACAUGAUGCCGUUACACUGCUGACCACACUGCUUGUCUCUGAAAUCAAAAUGGCUGCCCAGAUACCUCGAUCGAAGGUUUCAGAUGUCUUGUAAGGCUUUCUUUUGUGGUAAAUCACCUAAAUAACAUUAACAUUGGGAAAAUGUUUAAUUAAAGUUACAAUUCAUCGUUUAUUUUACUUGAAUUUAGCAUUUUUUUACGAAUUAUGCGAUUUUCCUCAAAUUGUGUGAUUGGAUGCAAUUUGAGGUCAAUUGUGCGAAAUGGCAUCAUCGCGUAAUAUCAGAUGGCCUGUCUUUACAGCUUUUAUAGGACCUCACGAGCAACCCUUUAAGUUAAAUUUUUCCUUUGGUGGCCAUUUGGCGACCAACUCUUUAGGUUUAGUUGCCAAAGGUUUUUUUUUAGGCCCCAAAAUAUAUGUAAAUAAUUAAAGUUUUAAUAAUUGGUUAAGAAUUAAUUUGGGCUUAAGAAUGGUAUUGUUCAGCCAAAGCAAUGUUUCUAAACGGCAUUUACCAUUUUCACAAGUGUUUACGGUAACUUAUAAACCAUGUCGUUUCUUCAAGUACAGUAAAAUUCCGAAAAUAAGCCCCGGGGCUUAUAUUUUUCAAAGGCCCUUUUUGAGGGGCUUAUUUUUGGAGGGACUUAUAUUCAGAGGGGCUCAUCUACGGAAGGGAAUUUGCGUUUCAAAAUCAAUAUUAGGCUAGCUAAUAGAUGGAAGGAAAUUUACCGUUUUUGCUUUGUUUUACUUUGUAUUUGAGGGCAAUUUCCAAGUACAAGUCCCCCAGGGGGCUUACAUUUGGAGGGGCGAUGUAACGGAGGGUUUUUGCGUUAUGAGUUUGGGGGGCUUAUAUUUAGAGGGGCUUAGACAAGGAGGGGCUUAUUUUCUGAAUUUUACGGUAUCAAAACCAACAUUUUAGUCGCCAUGGCACCCAAAGUGGUCACAGCUUGGAGGGUUGAUGAGUAAAGUGUAAAUGACAGUAAUCAGAUAUUCAAUAUUACCAAAAUAUUUAUGAAAUGUUUCUAUAAUAUCCUAAGUAUUUUUUGAAAUCACCCAUGAUAAGUCCAGAAAAUAGGAAUAAGGCAAAUACCAUUGAAGCUCAACUAAUGGUUCCCUUUUCACAAUGUGCAAUCUGUCUCUGUGUUUUUAUUAAUUUUUCUCUCAAUGUUUCUCUUCUCCUGGUGAGCAGUCCAUACAUUUACAUCAAAGUGUUCCCAGCAACUAAAAUAACCCCUGUACUACACAGGGGCACCCAACGACAGUUUCCUCCUAAAUGCUUUGAAAACACUUCUUAGGUAAUCCAGAGUACUUUUAGAUCUCUAGAAAUGCAUUCUAAGUGUCGCUAAAAAACUUGUCUCUUUUCGGUCAUCCUAGGGCAACUUGAGUCUUUUCAAAAUAACAAGGGCUUCAGUAUUAUUUUCCCGAAAAUUAUACAACGUAGCUGCAAUUUAAAGUUUUAUGAAAGUGAAACGUGUAGUUUUUCUGAUUCCUCUCUGCAUCACAUUUUCGAUCCCGAAAAUUUUAGUUUCCUUUCUCUACGAAAAAUAGCCUAACCUGGGGAGUGAAAUGGGAAAAAUGAAACUUCAGAAAAUCGUAGGGAAUUUAUUAGAUAAGCUUCGAAAAUUGUACAUGAAUGGAAUGGUCAUCUAGAUAUUUUUAGCCUUCCUCAAGCUAUUAAAAUUCUAGGCAAUUUUUGCCUCUCGGAACAGAUAUUUUGUCAGGCCAGGUGUAGUGUAUAGGUUACAGCGGUCAUUGAGAGAUACUACAUGUAAGGUUCCUGAUAACUAGGGCCUGUAAUAAUUGUCAGUUCUAAGCAUCAGCUCUUUAAAAAAUGAAUGUUUUUUUUUCAAAAGAAGAUUCAUACAGUCUGCAUUCCUACCUCAUCACUUUUUCUUUCUCUCCCCAACAUGGUUUUUGUGGAGAGACUGGACUGUACAGUGUAGUUGCUUCUCUGGAGUAUUACAAGGAAUAACAAGGAAUACUUCCAGAUAUAACAUGCAUGUAUUCAUGCUCUCUGAUUGAGUGACACUAUGUGUAGUCCUGUAACAUGUCAGUAAUUUACUAACUUUUCUUAAUUAAUAAUUUGCAUUCAUUGAUACAAAAUAAUGUAAGUUAAGUUGCUCCACGGAAGCAAAAUUCACAUGGAUCAUACAAUGUAGGUAUGAGAUCUUUUAGUUUUCUUGUAAGUUGAUAUAUGGUUUGAAAAUCUGUUAGAGACCUACAUAAAAUAACUUAAAGAUUAUACAUAUAAGCAUGUAUCUUAUGUGAUCCUGAUUUGACUCGUGCAAUAAUCUCAUUGUAUUUGACUUCAAACAGUGAAAGCCAUGAAGAGAAUAGAAGAAAUCCGAAGCAAGAGGCAGGAUCUUCACAUCAAAAACAGGUCUGGUUCAAUCAUAUUUCUCUUUUAAGUGACCUUUCUUAGUUAAAACUGCAUUAAAUGCACUAAUUUGCUGUCAUUGUUUUUAGAUUAAGGCCUGACAAGCAACUAAGAAAGGAAGCUGAGUCAAAGGAAGUCAAGCAAGGAAUAGCACUCAUAGCUCCUUCAGGUGUGUCCAGUUUAUUAUUAUUUACUCGAAUAAAGGAUAUUUUAAACUAUCCAAAGUAAGUUACUUCACUUCAAAUCAGACUUAUCUCUGCCUAUUUCAGGACUUAAAACCCUGAUACCAGCUCGCAUAUUCUUCUUAUCCCCUGAACUACAGUUUUUAUUUGCCAAACAUUUCCUGUGAUACUGACUUACAUGUACUUUUAAAGUUUUAAUGCUAUGCCUGUAUAGCUAGUGCGCCCUGUUGAAAUUAAAUCGGUUGAUUAACCAUUGUCUUUAUUAACAUUAGCAACUGAAAGUUUCAGUAGAACCUCAAUAACUCGGAUGACUCGAACUCCCCGCUAACUUGAAGUUAGUUCCCCUUUAUCAAAAUUUCACCGAAAUUUACCCCGAUAACUCGAAUUCUGGUUCUUGUAACCCCAUUCGGAUGCUAUCUUAUUAGUUCUCCUUGUUGUAUAAUCGGUAAAAACGCUAAAAAUAACCCUACAGCGGUUUGAUUUUAAUUGGUACAACGAACAGGUAGCCCUAGCUCGAAAUAAAUGAGCAUCGGCGAACAUCGACAUUGCUGCAUAACAUUCCAAAUAUAAGGAUUUGUAUGGAAAAAAACUAUCGUUUCUGUAACCUACGAAAAUGAAAGGAUUUCAAUGAAAAACAGCUUACCUUACGUAAAAUGUGUGUUACGACUCUCCUGUGUGGUCCAUGGGCCGAUUUAUGGCUGUUUAAUGGGUUGUACUAGAAACUCAUAAACGGUUUUCUCUCUAUAUAAAGGUUUCAUUGAAAUCCUUUCAUUUUCAUGGGUUCAGUGGAAACGAUAUACCUGUGGUUUAUCAUAAAAACGUACAAUCAUGUGAACGUUUCGAAUAAAACAAGUAAAUUUGCAUUGUACCAUACACCAAAGUGCUGAAAAACCCGGGCGGGAAUCCGCAUAUCAAAGGGGUGGGGAUGCUCGUCGGAAAUUUUGAAUUAACCCCUAAAGGAGACCGAUCUGGGUGUGGCCCAAGCUUUUUUUGACCCCUGUUUUUUUAUAUUUUCUCGCGAGCAACCCUAAACGAGACCUUUACCGCUAAAUAUGAUGGCGUUUUGCCCAGAACACCCUAAGUGAGACCAAAAUCCGAAAUUUACACCCCUAAGCCAGACGACGAGCAUCCCCACCCCUUUCAUAUGCGGAGUCCCCCCCACCCCCCGGGCUGAAAAAUCAGUAGCUAUUUAAAAUUAGUAACAUGGCAAGUUGAAUAUUCAGUCUAUCCCGAUAACUGUAGACUGUUCACAGUCCUCUAUUUUUCCGUAAGAUCGUCGAGAUCGAGAGCUUUGCGUUACGGGUUGCCAACUUGCAUGAGUGUCAAAACUACUUAGGGGGCGGGGGCGGUUUGGGAAGAAGCCCCCUCGGUACGUUUGAAAAUCAAAGUAGCCGCCAUGAACGGUAAGACGCACUAUAUCUCGACGAUCUCACGAAAGAAUAGGAGACUGUGAACAGUCUACGAUGAUUCGGACCCUCGUUAACUCGAACUGUUGUUCGUUUCCCUUCAGAGUCCGAGUUACCGAGUUUCUACCGUACUUGUACACAUGCUAUAAAAUUCUUCAGCUUAUAAUAGUUAUUGCCAGUAAUUCUUCGCAUUUCUAAAACUACUCUGUAAGCUUUCCGCUUGCUUUGGCGCUUCUCAGAAAUAGCCUGGCGUGUAAGGAUUAGGAUACAUGUACAAGCAAAUCCAAGUAUCACAGUGUUUAAUAACAAAGUUGAUGGACAAAGAAAUACAAAUCCAUGAUCACCUAUGCAGCUAGACUUUUUCAAAGUCCUUCGCUUCUCAUUUCCGGUUCCGGUAGUUGGCCCCCGCGCGAAGGACUUUUAUCCCCUGCAGCGCGUCGAAUUUACACGAGGAAUUUUACUCCUGUAGGUUUUAUCCAAUCACGAACGGUUUUACUGAUGGGCGGUCAAUCAAACCAGAUCACGCCACAUGAAACGUGAAAUUCAACUGAACCGUGUAUUCAAAUAUAAAGCUUUAGUGGGCGUUUUAUUUUCCUCCAUUUAAAGUACUUUAUCAAGGUCGGAUUUUCCUGGCAGUCACAGAGCGAAAAAACAUUACCGACUUGUUUUGUUUUGAGCGCGCGCACUACAAAGUUUUUAUUUUUCUUAUGUUUUCUUUCAUGGCGUAUGCUAGCCUUGCAACGAGCCCGAAACGUCUGAGACUGAACUCAUAAAUAUCACAAGUCGGCUUUAUUUACUUUCUCUUAUUGGAAUUUCGUCCGUUAUUUGUUUGUUUUGACAUACUUUGGCAGCUCGAGACGACACAUGCGACAGGGACGCAAAUAGUUCGCCCAAAAUGACGUCACUUGAUGCGAUUUUUUCCAGGGAAAACAAGUCGAGCUCUCGCUCUCCCUCUCGCUUUUGCCGUAGAAAACGUAAAAUCUACCGCUCGCGCUUCGCGCUCGUGAAAAAUUCUGAGUUCGACUUAGGCAAGUCUACUAUGCACCGUGUUUCGUGCAAUAUAUGCUGCUGUAAGAGCAGGACCUUUGAUUAGGCUGUAUCCUUAUCUACUGUGACAGUGUCUUUGAUCUAACCUUCUUGAGUCUUCAUUCACAGUUGAGAAGAAAAGACUUGGACAGAAGAUCUCACAAGUCAUGCGUGAAGCAGAAAGCAUGGAGACUGAAGACUGAUUGUUUCACUUUUUCCAGGCUGUGCCAUUUUGAAAUGAAAUAAAUGAACCUGGACAGAGUAAACUGUGUUAAUGGCUUUGUUACGUUAAACAAAUUCUGCCUGUCAGUAUAGAAAGAGGU